GUUGUGUUAAGAGGGAGAGAGGCACUCACGGACGGCGCUCCUCACUCCGCUACCACACCUCCUCAUAUCCUCUUCCUCCUCCUCUCCAGUCACCUCCUCAUUCUACCUCUUUCCCAAGUGAUAUAUUCGCAACUGUUUUCUUCGCGUGGAAUUAUUUUGUGCUCCUUGAGGGAAGAUUAAGGUGUGGGACUUGCUGUUGUGUCAGGCGCGUCGUGCCCCGCUCUCCGCCAGGACUCGCCAAGCAUUUACGUGUUCACUUGCGAUACUUGUGCAUCUUUCCUCCAUCAUGGCGGCUUAGUCUAUGUUUAUUCAACAGUUUACGAGCCGGGCAGCGCUACGAGGACGGUCUCGCCCCGAGGUUGCUCUCGACGACCUUGUAGCGCUUCGGGACUCAUAAACCCUUUAAUAAAUGCAAACGUUGCCGCCGUGAUUGUAUCCUGCUCCCACCACUGCCGCUCUCAUCGCACGGUUUAACACAACUUUUGACAACUUAAUGAGUGAUUGUGUAACUGAUUUACCUGAAUUUAACGAGAGGGGCCGCUAUAUCUCUAGUGGCCUCGAUGAGGCGUCCAGGAUCAUGGUAAUGAAAACUAUCUAAACUACAAACUUGCAUGGCAGCUCUGCUCUUUGUUUCUAGGUGAUCCUAGAGCAACGAACAAAGGUGGACCCGUGAAGCAGCUAUAGGUAUGCCUGGUGACUGCUUCACACGUACAUGUAUCUCACCUUCCUCACGCUAACACACACACUCUUCUUUCCUGGACUGGUAAUUAGGGGCGGGGGAUAUUGACGAAAGUGAUGCAAGGGAAGUAAUUUGUUGGGUGUGUCAGAUGGUGGUGACCCUGGCGGUGGUGGUGGACGGGGCGACGGAGGGCGGGCUGGAGGCCGGCGCCAGGCAGGUCCUCGCACACGUCCGCCCACACUGGCUACUCCACACCCUACACUUCAAGAGGUACACGUCGGGGGUGACGAACACCCUGGUGGGGGUGUGGUGCCACGCCGAGGCCGAGCAGGUCCUCGUCAGAGUCUACGGCAACAACACCCAUCUCUUCAUCGACAGACAACAGGAGAUUCACACCAUGCAGGUGGUGCAGGAGGCCGGGUGUGGACCAAAGGUGUUCGCAGCCUUCACUAACGGCCUGUGUUACGCCUUCACUCCGGGGGAGCCCCUCACCUUCAGGGACGUCACCAGGGAGGCGGUCUGGCGCGCCGUCACCCUCCGCGCCGCAUCCUUCCACAAGAUACAGAUUGAUGACAAGCAGGAGGCCAUGCUGUUCCCCAAGCUGCGCCAGUUCCUCGCUCUCCUCCCAGACUCCUUCACUGACGCCAAGACGCAGACCAGGGUGGAGGAGAGCGGGUGCACAAAACAGCAGCUGCUGCAGCUGACGGAGGAGCUGGAGACCCACCUGGUGCCCCUCGCCUGCCCCGUCGUCUUCUGCCACAACGACCUCGUCAUGAGGAACAUCAUCUGGGACGAGCACACCGCCGCCGCCACCUUCAUCGACUACGAGUACGCCGGGCCCAAUUACCAGCCCUUCGAUAUUGCUAACCAUUUUAACGAGUACUCGGGCAUGGAGAAGCCGGACUUCAGCCUGUGCCCGAGUCCGGAGACGCAGCGGACCUGGCUCAGGAGCUACCUGGCUGAGUACAGCGGUGUGCCAGCGGAGCAGGUGUCGCCCCACCAAGUGGAGGUGUGGAGAGGCUGGGUUACCAAGUUCACCCUCGCCUCUCACCUCUUUUGGAGCGUCUGGGCCUUCCUGCAGGCAUGCCACUCUUCUAUUGACUUCGACUAUAUUGAGUACGGCAUCGUGCGUCUGGCAGAGUACAACAGCAGGAAGAAGGAGGUGUUUGACCUGGUCCUCCUGCCUUUAACUACCUCCUCCUCCUCGACCUCCUCCUCGACCUCCACAUUGGUCUCCUCCUCCACCUCCUCCUCCACCACUGACUCAAGCUCGACGAACACACACUUGGUGGAAAAAUAAAGAGUGUCCGGAGGAGAGGUGUUGGUAGUGACACGGCUUAGUAUCUCCCGCCUGCCUCGCCCACACACCCGAAGACAGGCUUGAAGACGCCGCCUGACUCCUCUAAUCCACCUUCCCAAAAGCUGGAUUAGUUUCCUGUCUGACUUGACAGUUUCCCGUCUGCCUUGUUCCCUGUCCAGAAUGCUGUUCUUCUCUGCCUUAUUCCAGAGUGACAGGAUGGGAGAGAGCACCAGAUAAUAUUUUGUAAUUAAAACAUGUUAUUGUAACUGUACAAGGACUAUAGGUGCUUGGCCACCAUUCCUUCACUCUGUCCUCGUGGCCCUUCCAAGUGCUCUAUUGUGAUUAUUGGCCAUUCCCCUUUACACAAAUUAUUCUGUACCCAAUUGUGUUGUUGGUUAUAUGUAGAGACGUAUAUAUAUGCAUCGUCUAAUAUGUGAAUCUAAUUAAAAAUACGUGUUAAU